AAGCCGUCCGGCCCAAGCGAGCCGGCGCAUCUUUGCCAUGCCUCGGCCCGGCGAUCAAAAACUGCUCACCGAGGAGCAACAAUGGUUCGUGACUCUCCUGGAUCGCAAGUUUGAGCAACAGGAGGCGCUGCUGCGUGAGCUUCUGGGGUCUCGUCGUGACCUACCGGAAUUUCCCAGUAAUGGUGGGCACUCCAUUCCUGCCAAGCUUGAGGAAAAAGCCAUUGACGGUGCAGCGGUGGCCUCUACUACCACUGAGGAGAUAAAAAUCGGGGCGAGACGCUCCGCCUCCGCGAAGAAGCUGGGCAGUGCUCAGGUCAUGAUCGAGACGAUGCAGCCGGAUCCCCCGAUCAAAACCUUUGUGAAGGGGCAUUUGGACGGAUACAUGGGCCUGGUUGUGGUGAUCAACUUGAUCUUGAUGGCCGCAAUGGCCCAGACCGGGGGACAUGCCGCAGAUGCUAGCCUUGGCCUGGCUACUGGCAGCACGGCGGAGUUGGUAGACGCCUUUGAGGUAGCCGAGCUGGUGUUCUUCUGUCUGUAUGUGAUAGAUGUCGUGGCCCGCAUCUGCAUCUUGCGGAAGGAGUGGUACUAUGAUCGGCUGGAGGGCUGGAUGUAUAUGAACAUGUUCGACUUGGUUCUGGCGUUAGUGCAUGCAUUCGAGAUCCUGAUGCUUCCUGCGUUGAUCUCCGGCAACUCAGACCAGCGUGCUAGCACCAUCCGCGUGAUCAAGUUGAUGCGCAUCGUCCGGACCCUGCGUAUUGUCAAAACGGUCUCGCUGUUCCGGCAGCUGCGGCUUUUGGUCUCCACCUGCGUGGCAUCCAUUGGGGCCUUGUUCUGGUCCAUGGUGCUGCUCUUCAUGCUCAAGGUGGGUUUCGCCCUGGUGGUGUGCCAGGCUUUGCAGGGCUACAUCAUGGACCAGUCCGGCGACCUGGACACGCGCCUCGAGGUGAACGCGCUCUACGGAAGUUUCAGCAAGUCCUUGUACACAACCUUCGAGAUCACCCACAGCGGCAGCUGGCCCUCGAAGGUUCGCCCUGUCAUCGACAAGGUGAGCGCUUGGUAUGCCGUACCCUUCCUCGGCUAUAUCACUCUGGUGGUCUUCGCAGUGAUUCGCAUAGUGACGGCUCUCUUCUUGAAAGAGACCUUAGCGAGUGCCGCCAACGACGCAGACAUGCAGAUCGACGAGCAGCGGGCCAUGGCCAGGGAUUACCGGAACAAGCUCGAGGAGCUGUUCAAGGCCGCAGACACCGACGGCUCUGACAGCUUGUCCGCCUCUGAGUUCGUGACAGCGCUGAGCCUGCCAUCUGUUCAGCGCUACCUGCAGGUGCUGGAAGUGAAGAUUCAGGACUGCGAGCCCCUGUUUGACAUCCUGGACGACGGGGACGGGCGGAUCACCAUCCACGAGUUUUGCAAAGGCAUUAUGAAGAUCAAGGGCCAAGCGCGGGCGCUGGACAUUGUGCUCUUGCAGAGGGAGAGUCAUAAAGUGCUGAAGGAGUGCCAAGAGAUUCAUCAGCAGCUGAGCCAGCUGAGAUCCUUGCGCUAGGGCCUUCGAAAACGCUCCUUUUGGUCGGGCGUUCGACGAACUCAAACAAACGUUUUUUUUGUUUAUUCCUUGCUUUGUUCUUUGAAUGUGGUUCUUGUCGGGAACGAUGCCAUUCGGGAUCCCAUAUAUUCCCGAACGAGCAAGUGUCUCUUUCGGGUGAGGGCCUGGAAGGCUUUCCUGCGGGGACAGAAUCAACCGGGACAAAUGCCCCGGGUAUCAAGAGGCGUCUCUAAGAGAUGACCUCAGGUGCUACGGCAAAGCCAAUUGCAAGACACCGAGUUGUCGUUUCUGACUUCUUCCAUGUGCUCAAGGUAACUCUGCAA